AACUUCGACCAUCAGUUAUUCUUCAAACGCCUGCUUGUUGUGUCUUAUUUUCGUGUACAGUGAAUUGUUUGUGUCGUGUCGCGGUUUUUAAUGUUUUUUAUUUUAGCGUUUUAAUUUUGUAUUUUGUUUUUUAGUGUUUUACUAUAUUUAGUUUAUAGCAUAGUACUUUUACAUGUGUAACUGUUAACCGGGAAAUAAAUUCAAAUAUGAAAAAAGACAUAAAAAAAAGUUCGUACUACGUUUGGUUUCUCGGAGCUCAGGAAUGUAAGAAUGUGAGAGACGUAGAAAGCAUAAUUCCUGUGAUAUCGGCUUUGGCGGAAAGGGAAAAGAAAGUGACACCAUAUAAGUUCACUCUCCAAGUAAGUCACAGGGGAUUAAAGAUCGUUCAUAAUGUUUCGGCAUUGAUUUCAUUGCCGGGCGGUAAGAGUUCAAAAAGUGACUUGGUAAAGCACCUGAUCCCCGAUCACGCGGUCACCUGCGUCCAUCAGGAUGAGGAUCUGGUGGCUGUGAUCUUACUGCUCUACAACCCCGUUACCAAGUGGCCCGUGCACGUGCACGUCUACCGUUGUGAUACCGUAGAGACUGCGACUCUGCUAUCCACGCAAUUGCGAAUGCUAGUCGAUCGACCGGAGAACAAGAAGAAACUCAAUGACAUCGAAUCGAGACUGCAGACAAAAUCCGAAACGCACUGCAACGUUCGGAAUGAUCGAAAUGAUCGGAAUGAUCGGAAUGAUCGGAAAAGAGAGUCUCCGCCACAGCCACCGUUGUCGCCCGAGAGCGGAGUGCCGGGCCUUGGUCAUGAUGUGACCCUGUACGAUUCGUUGGCGGCAGAGUUGAAAAAAAAAUUGGGUACCGGUGGCAAGACCGGUGGCGUCCCGAUUUUGUUGCCACCCAGAGAUUAUGAUACCGUCCACAGACAUCGCGGAAAUCUAAACGGUAUCGACUUUAGGCGGUGCAUGAGUGCUAACAUCGUCGGUGUCAACAGUACUGGCGCAAGACUGCAACAAGAUUUUCGAAGAUCCGGUACGAAAAUGGGAUCGAGUGGUGGAUCUAGCGGGAUAGGAUCUGAUCACGCACCCAGUCCGGAACAAUAUGAACCGGAAAACGCAUACGCGGAUAAUAACUCGUCGUCAGAUGACGAUUGGAACGCGAGUCCGUUAGAAGAACCAUUGUUUGCAAAAUCUGCCAAUGACCAUCCGCUUCCCAGAAUCAGGAGACAAGACAGUGGCGUAGACAGUAGUAGUAGUCCAGUUACAUCACCGGAAAAAGACUAUUACAAUGGAAGACAAGAGCUACAACAACAUAACAACGUUACGAAUUUUAAACGCCAAAACUUUAGUAAUAAUAAUAACAAUAUUUCACCGAAUCUUAGAGAAAAAUAUUCGGAUCGUAACGUUGCGUUGGUCCAACCGAGACCUAGAAAUUGUGAUGCGGCCAAGAACUCUGCACAGACACCCUUAACUGUUCCUGAACACAGGAAAAAACCUGUAGAAAUCAGACAGAGGACACCAUCUCCAAAUCGUUCUACAGUUAGAGAGUCUCCACGUGAGAGAUUCAAGGAUGCCAAAGAAAAGUUCCUUAUGCUGGAAAAAGAACGGAUUGACGAGCAACAAUCUGAACUAAAGAAGCGUCUUGAACGACAACGUAAAGAAAAUGCAAUGCCCAUGAUUAGAGCAGUGGUUAGAGAAUCUUGUAAUUGGUCACGAAGUCACCAUUCAGAUGAUGACGAAAUGGACAGGAAUCGUUAUGAUGAUGAUGGUGACUACAAUGACGACCAUUUUGACCACCAGGCGGUAAAAAAUUACAGAAGAUCCAAUCGACCGAGAGAACGUUUAGAUACUGAUUACAAUGGUGGUUAUUCGAAACCAAUUUCCAAUAGACAGCCUAGGAACUUUCAGCACGAUCACGACGAAUCCAGAUCGGUGCCGAGAAGUUAUUCAGCCGAGGACUUUCCGCCGUCAGACCACAACUACCGCCCACCUCCACCCGAAGAACGGCACAAAAACUCACCGCGCCGGGUCGUGGAAGCUCCUCGAGCCGCGCCCAGGCGGAGUCGUUACAACGACGUGUCGCCGCCACCGGCGGAACUUUCGUCUCGCGCGAACGAUUACAAACGACGGUCGGCCGCGUACGCUUACGAAGACGACGGUGGCUGUUGUCCGCCUCCAAUAAGUUACGGAGGCAGACCCCGUGGCGAACCGGACAUCCGGGAGGCAGACGACGAUUACGACGGCGGCGAAGACGACGGUCUGCCGCCGACGGCGUCUGCCGGCCGAGAGUACAAGCGGCGAUCGGCGGCGUACGGUUACGAGGAUCACCAACCGAACCAUCACCAACAACAACCGUACAAACACCAUCGCGGUCAAAACCAUCACCACCAACAACAACAGCAAGCAGACCUCGGCGGCAGCGGUUACGGAAGUAGACGGGAAGCGAUGUCGGACAAGCGGUCGGCGGACGACGGUCCCACGCCGAUUUCGCCCAGGUACAGGCACAGCUAUGCGGAAGCGUAUCACAGGCACCAGCAGCCACAGGCACCGCAAGAGUCUGCGAUGUACCGUCACAACGGUUCGUUACAGUCGUCCGGUCGAAUCGGAAUCGCAGCGAUACACCCUUACUGAUAUAAUAAUAUUAUGUCGUCAUCGUUUUUGUUACGGAUAAUAUAAUAUUAUUAACGACGCGUAACCGAGUACAAUACAUAAUCGAUUGUACAUAUAUUAUAAUUAACCCACUGAGUGAAACGAUGGUAUUAUUAUUAUUAUACGAAAACGAUCUAACAAUAAUAAUAUCAAAAUUAUAUUAUUAUAUAUGUAUUUUUUUUCUUGUUUACUUUGUUUUUCUAUUUUCGCGAGUAUAAUUUUUUUUUUUUGUUAAUAACGUCACGUGCUAUAUUGUAAAUAUUCCGUAGAUUACCUAUAGAAUGCCAGAAUAGAUUUUAAAAACUUAUUGAGAUCGUCUAUUCUCAUGUAACACUGCAAUACAAUGUCAAUUUUUAAGUUUUGUCUUUUCGGAGAAAAAAAUAUAUGUCAUGUUAACACGA